CGAGCACCGGCUCCGGCUGGAGAGGGGGAAUUAAAAGAGUUGGAAAAGAUGUGACCAGCGCCUCGCCGGCAGUUCCUCUCCCCCGUGGGAUGUGGAGCCAAGAGCGAAGUACUCAGUAAAUUGUUUAUGUCGUGCCAAUACAGGACAGAUUGAAGAAGGAAGCAAGACUUGAACUGGGCUUUUCUCCUACUGAUCACAGGGAGUAAAGUCAUCUCUUAUAUUCCAGUCGCCAAGGAGAGAGAGAGAGAGAGAGAGAGCGAGCGAAAAUCAAGCAACAACCAACCCACCCCGUAUCUGACAUUUCCCUCAAUUUUAACCCCUUUUGGUUAGGAGCUGGUUUUGCCCAAAUUUGUUUUAAUGUUUGGGAUUCAGGAAAAUAUACCAAGAGGUGGGACGACCAUGAAAGAAGAACCGCUGGGCAGUGGGAUGAACCCGGUCCGCUCAUGGAUGCAUACUGCUGGGGUAGUGGAUGCUAACACGGCCGCCCAAAGCGGCGUGGGGCUGGCUCGGGCACAUUUCGAGAAACAGCCGCCUUCCAAUCUCAGAAAAUCCAAUUUUUUCCACUUCGUCUUAGCUCUGUACGACAGGCAGGGACAGCCGGUGGAGAUUGAGAGAACAGCUUUUGUGGACUUUGUGGAGAAAGAGAAAGAGCCAAACAAUGAAAAAACUAACAAUGGGAUUCAUUAUAAACUUCAGUUAUUGUAUAGCAAUGGAGUUAGGACAGAGCAGGACCUGUAUGUUCGUCUAAUAGACUCAAUGACCAAACAGGCCAUCGUCUACGAAGGGCAAGACAAGAACCCCGAGAUGUGCCGGGUGCUCCUGACACACGAGAUCAUGUGCAGCCGGUGCUGUGACAAGAAAAGUUGUGGCAACAGAAACGAAACCCCCUCAGACCCCGUUAUCAUUGACAGAUUCUUUCUAAAGUUUUUCCUCAAGUGCAAUCAGAACUGUUUGAAGAAUGCAGGCAACCCGCGAGACAUGCGAAGAUUCCAGGUUGUUGUAUCAACAACAGUCAAUGUGGAUGGCCACGUGCUGGCUGUCUCAGACAACAUGUUUGUACACAACAAUUCCAAACACGGGAGGCGGGCUCGCCGCCUUGACCCCUCAGAAGGUACGGCCCCUUCUUAUCUGGAAAAUGCAGCUACUCCGUGCAUAAAGGCCAUCAGUCCUAGUGAAGGCUGGACUACUGGUGGGGCCACUGUCAUCAUAAUCGGAGACAACUUCUUUGAUGGCUUACAAGUCGUAUUUGGAACUAUGUUGGUGUGGAGUGAGCUGAUAACACCUCACGCCAUCAGAGUUCAAACACCACCACGGCACAUUCCAGGAGUUGUUGAAGUAACUCUGUCCUACAAAUCCAAACAGUUCUGCAAAGGUGCUCCCGGCCGAUUCGUCUACACUGCACUUAAUGAACCGACCAUAGAUUACGGCUUCCAGAGGUUGCAGAAAGUUAUUCCACGACAUCCAGGUGAUCCCGAAAGGUUACCAAAGGAAGUAUUACUUAAGAGAGCAGCAGACCUUGUUGAAGCCCUAUAUGGGAUGCCCCAUAACAACCAGGAGAUAAUCCUGAAACGAGCAGCUGACAUUGCCGAGGCGUUGUACAGCGUGCCCCGCAACCACAACCAGAUCCCCACUCUAGCCAACACUCCCGCUCACACCGGCAUGAUGGGGGUGAACUCCUUCAGCAGCCAGCUCGCCGUCAACGUCUCCGAAACAUCACAAGCCAACGACCAAGUAGGUUACAGUCGCAACACAAGCAGUGUUUCCCCGCGAGGAUAUGUUCCCAGCAGUACUCCUCAGCAGUCCAAUUACAACACAGUCAGCAAUAGCAUGAAUGGAUAUGGCAAUGCCGGCAUGCCCAAUCUAGGUGUACCAGGUUCCCCUGGAUUUCUUAAUGGCUCCUCAGCUAACUCUCCUUACGGCAUAGUGCCGUCAAGCCCUACCAUGGCAGCCUCUUCGGUCACCCUCCCUUCAAACUGUAGCAGUACACACGGCAUUUUCUCAUUCUCACCUGCCAAUGUCAUCUCUGCAGUGAAACAAAAGAGCGCCUUCGCUCCUGUUGUCAGGCCCCAAGCCUCUCCUCCACCAUCUUGCACCAGUGCAAAUGGAAAUGGACUUCAAGCCAUGUCCGGGCUUGUAGUCCCGCCAAUGUAAAGUCACUUUUGUUUACCUACCGUAGCACCAAGCUGCAGAGGAUGGGCUUAGGGGACAAGUUUAGUAUAUUAAGACAUGCUGAUGGAAGCAGUAUCUUCACGCAGAAUCAGCAACAAAUCGAAAUGCUACAGGAAAAAAAAAAAACAAACAAAAAAAAAAAAGAAAAAAAAAGACUUUGUUUAAAGAUUUUAUUUAAACUAUUAAGAAUCUACAUGCAAACAACCUACUUCUUCAUGAACAAUUCCAUUUUAUUGACUGAAUUUUUCUCAUAUUUUCACAUUUCUCAGUCCUGGAGAAUAAGGAAAAAGCGACGCCUAUUUUGUAUAAAGUUUCUGAUUACGUCUUGGCUAUGUCUAGUACUUGCUAUGUGUUGGGAGAAACUUUGUGGA